AUGGCAAAUUCAACUUCCGAAUUUGCCACCCCUCUUCUACCACAAACCACCGAGAACCCCCAAGAAAACCCAAUUCCACAAAAUGGAUCAAUCUCGGGAGCAGUGUUCAACAUCUCAACCACCAUGGUCGGUGCCGGAAUCAUGUCGAUUCCGGCGACCAUGAAAGUCCUUGGCAUAAUUCCGGGGCUAAUUGUGAUCGUGUUAGUGGCAGUUAUAACGGAUUUAACGGUUGAGUUUAUGCUGAGGUGUACAAGCUCCGGUAAAGCGGUUACAUAUGCGGGUAUGGUGGGUGAGUCGUUUGGUUCGGUUGGUUCUCUUGCUGUUAAGAUUUGUGUUAUUACCACUAAUCUUGGUGUUCUUAUCGUCUAUCUCAUUAUUCUUGGAGAUGUUCUAUGUGGAAAUGAGUAUGAAGGUAGCAUACAUUUAGGUAUUCUACAACAAUGGUUUGGCGUCCACUGGUGGACAUGUCGCACUUUUGCUCUUCUUAUCGUCGCACUUGUCAUAAUGCUCCCUCUAGUUAUGUUACGCCGUGUAGAUUCACUCAAGUAUAGUUCUGCGAUAUCGAUCCUUUUAGCGUUGGUUUUUGUUGUAAUAUGCUCUUCGAUGGCAGUUACUGCAUUAUCUUCCGGGAAAUCUCAGUCGGUGAGAAUAUUUCCUGAUUUCUCUCAAGUCACUGUCCUUGAUCUUUUCACCACUGUCCCUAUUUUUGUAACAGGCUUCGGAUUCCAUGUCAACGUUCAUCCCAUCAGAGCAGAGCUUGUAAAACCGACAGACAUGAAUACCGCCGUGCGAAUUUCAUUGUUAAUCUCUGUUGCCAUUUACUUUGCUAUUGGAUUCUUCGGAUACCUAUUGUUCGGAGACUCCAUCAUGCCGGAUGUGUUGGUAAACUUCGACCAGAACUCCGAUUCGAGUUUUGGUCGAUUGCUAGACAACAUUAUUCGGCUGAGCUACGCCCUCCAUCUCGCACUUGUAUUUCCCAUCAUGAACUAUUCCUUGAGGGCCAAUAUAGAUGAACUAUUAUUCUCAAAGAAAAAUAAGCCUCCUUUGGCUUUGGACACUCCAAGAUUUGUGUCACUCACUCUUGUUUUGUUAGCAUUCAUAUAUUUGGUGGCUGUGGCUAUUCCAAAUGUUUGGUACUUUUUUCAGUUCUUGGGAUCUACUACCAUUGUUUGCAUCUCAUUCAUCUUCCCUGCUGCAAUCAUACUAAGGGAUAUGCAUGGUAUAUCAAAAACAAGAGAUAAAGUCGUGGCAAUACUGGUGAUUAUUUUGGCUGUUGGGACAAGUGGAAUUGCUAUAUGGACCAAUUUGAAUGGUUAA